CAACAGAGCUGUCAUUCACUGACUUCUCGUUGGAUUCAGUUUUGAACAUAUUUUGCAUGAAUUGAUGCAAUACUCGCAGUGUCUUCACUUGACACCAACCAAUUGAUACACUCUUCACGUGUCUAUUGUCUUGAGAGACAGUUACUCUUAUAAGCAGUUGCUUUCAUUUGAUCCACUCUUGCCAUGUCUUAACAGUAUUGUCAGCGUUUGUAUCGAUCAGUUGAAGAAUCACUGGAACCGAUGGCGUUCUGGCCGCUCACCAUCGAGAUUAUCAUCACAUUUGUGUUGUCCUCUUACCUGUUGAACAGGUUUGGCAAUUGGGUCGACCAAAACAUCAUCACCACUGUCUCCGUCUUCAUCUCUUGGUUCUUCUCAUUCAUCGUUAUAUUUAUUCUUCCGUUGGAUAUCUCGACAACAACGUAUUUGCAGUGUUUGAAAGACUACAACAUCACCACAAGUGGAAGUGCUGUACAGUCGCAUACAGUUGAAUACAUUGGGAAUGUGACAAAUUUGACGACAACUCCCUUUCCUAUAAUCCCCACAACAUUACCGGUGAUCAACCCGUGCGAAGAGCCCUGGAGUUACGCUCCGAACCAAGUAUUGCCAACUCUGUGGCGAAUAGUCUAUUGGACGGCACAAGUGCUCACUUGGAUUGUCUUACCGCUGAUGCAGUCGUACUCAAUGGCCGGGGAGUUCACAGUCGGCGGCAAAUUAAAGGCCGCUUUAAUAGAUAACGCUAUAUAUUACGGCUCUUUUGCCAUCAUUUUCAUAGUGUUUAUUAUAUAUGUUUCAAUCAAAACACAACUGAAUUUGGAAGGAAUUAAGAUUAUAUGUAUAACGGCUUCCAACACGUGGGGACUGUUCCUACUGGUGGUGCUGUUGGGGUACGGAUUGGUGGAGAUCCCCCGUUCCUGUUUCAAUAGUAGUCAUUACGGCCGCACUUUAAGUUACCUCUACUUCAAAGUAGCCAAACUUAGCGCUGAAAAGUGCGAAUCUGAUGAGAAGCUCGACGACGUCUUAGAGGAGAUCCAGACGUGUCUGGAGUCGUUGUCAGGAGAUCACGACCCGAUGCGACCAUAUCUGGACAUUAUUGUCGAUAAAUGUCCGCCAGAAUGGAAACAGCAAAUGAUGACCCGUUUGGCACAAAAUAGUAGUCUUUCUGUGAGUUAUUCUGGAAAUGCUUUCAAUGAGAAGUCGUUGACGCGAAUGCAUAAGAAUAUAAUACAAGCCAUGCAAACAAAUCACAGAACUCACUGUCAAUGGGAUCUAAUGAUCAAUCAGUCCAUUGAAUGGGAAGAUGUGGCCAAAAACGAAGUGAGUUUGAGCCGACUCUAUAGGCCUACCAUCGAAGCGCGCCGUUCUUUAUCUCCAUUUGGGAAUAUAAUACGAGAAUCGAUAUAUACCCCGAAGAUUGAGUGGUACUGGAAGUGUAUGUUUCGCUCCUCUUUCUACCGAGUAUUGGGUUAUGUAUUGACGGUCUUCUCAUUAAUGGUCGUCUGGGAGACGGCUUUCACUCAAAUUAUGGGUCAUUUGGAUGUGAUUUCAUUCAUCGGCGAUAUUUUUAACGUUUAUCUUCCGCUUUGCAUUUGUCUGCUGUGUUUGUCCACAUUCUUCGAGUUCGGGGCAAAAGUGUUGCAUAACUUGGGUUUCGAACAAUUCAUUCUCACGGAUGAAAUGACAGCUGAACUCAUCAGAGAGGGUCAGGAACUCGUCAAGAGGGAGAAGAACAAGGCUUUGCGUCAUUUGGACCACAAUACAAGUCAACCUCCAAGACCUCGCAAACCGAUUGGGGAACAGCAGCCGCUGUCCACUACUACUCAACACAUAACCUCUCGAAGCGCUUCGGAUGACCGCCAAGAGCUGAUGAACGAAGCGGAACCCAUCGGGUAUUCGUCGAAUUGGAACUACGACUCCACUGCAAGACCACAAAAGGGUCUCUUCGAUGAUAUAUAA